UUUUUUUUUUUUAAUUUUUCAUGGGGGGAUGAGAGAAAAAGCUCCUCCUUUUUCCUCUCUCCGCUUCUCUGUUUCCUUUGAUUUCUCUUUCACUCGUCAAUUAUUAUUAUUAUUAUUAUUUCGGGUUCUAUUUUCUUUUUUAAUUUCCCUCCUCUCUUGUUCCACUUUCUUGGAGAUUUUUUUUUUACAAGACUGUUCAUUUCGAUUUCGAUUUUUUUUUUUUGAAAAAAGAGGAAUAACUGUUGGAAUAAUGGAAAGAGUUUUGGUAUUUCCCUUAUUUUUUAUAAGGGAAUGUGAUCUGAGAUUAUAUUUUGAUGUGUUUUAUGUGCUACUUUGAGUAUUGUUAUUGACAACUCAUUUGAUUUUUUGAUUCAUCAUUCAUUCUGUUUUUUCUUCUUUAUGGGUUUUGUUAAACGAGAUCGUGAUGGUGUAUAAGCAUUUUGGGGUGGUUCUCUGUUUUGAAUUAAAGGAUGGGGGAAGCAAACCAAGGAGGAAGUAGAGGAAUGGAGAAAGUUUCUCUACAAACUGAAAAGUACCCAACAGAUCUGUUGCAGAGAUUUUUAUGUAGCAAUUCACAUCAGACCCAAAUUGGGAGAGCUUUUAAUGAAGAAGAAGAAGAAGAUACAGAGGAGAUUGAGCUUAAUCUUGGGCUUUCACUUGGGGGUCGAUUUGGGGUUGACAAAAAUUCCAAGAAGCUUAUUCGGUCAUCUUCCAUAGCUGGUACCAUGCUUUUGAGGGACGAUGACGCUUCUACUCCUGCAGCUGUGUCGUACCCGGCGGCGAUUAUUCGCACCUCGUCUCUUCCGCCGGAGACAGAGGAGGAGUGGAGGAAGAGGAAGGAAUUGCAGACGUUGAGGCGAAUGGAGGCCAAAAGGAGGCGGUUUGAGAAGCAGAGGAAUAAGGAUGGGAUUGGGAUUGGGAUGGGAACUAGUGGGUGUUUUGAAGAAGAGAGGCGUGAAAUUGAAGGUCUUACAGGAUUGAAUUUGAGAGAGAAAAGGCAUGGUUCCGGUAUUUCGACGACGGUGGCACCGCCAUUUGGGUUACCGACGUGGGCUGCAGCUGCUCGACAGGCUCUUACUGGCGGAAUUAUGGAUGAGAUUAGCAAAGGCAAAGGUGGCUGUACAUCCGGUGGCGGCGGAGGCACUAACGGCGGAGGUUUUCCGGGUGUCGGACAGCCCGCCUCUCAGUGCUCUGCCGAAUCGCAGGGCGGAAGCUCAUCGGGGAUGUCCGAAUUGGAUAGCAAACAGAUCCAAGGAUCUAGCAGUUACGGUGAAGCGAGAAGCUCCUCACAAGAGCGAGGCAACCUAGAGGCUGCAGGUUCUUCAGGAUCGAAGAUGUGUGAGAACCCAUCUGCCAGUUCCAAAACAGAGACGAAAAAUCAAUCCAAGAAACCUGAUUCAGGCGAGAACAAGGGAAGGGAAGCGGCAACGAUGUCAAUGGAAGACAUGCCUUGUGUGUUCACGAUAGGGGACGGGCCAGAUGGGAGAAGGGUGGAAGGAAUUCUUUACAAGUAUGGAAAAGGGGAGGAAGUGAGGAUAAUGUGUGUUUGCCAUGGGAAAUUUCUGUCACCAGCUGAGUUUGUGAAGCAUGCUGGUGGAAAAAAUGUGGCUCAUCCCUUAAGACAUAUAGUUGUCAAUCCCAAUUCUGGUCCUUUUUUGUGAUGUUGUGUGGUUACAAUCCCUUAUCACAAACCCCAUCAAACAUUUGGGGAGCCUUCAAAAUAGGAAACAUAGAGAACUUAGUGUUUUAAAGUAAAGAGAUCCUUUGUUAUUAUACUUGAUUAUUUUUCUUACUUUGUAGAGUGAAUCAUGUCUUGAAAGAGAAUUUUUGAAUGGCUCUCAGUUGGAGAUUUUAUGGAUCAAGGUGGUUCGUAUU